AUGGAGGUGCAGGUACCAUGUACUCACAACAGACCCCGGAAGAAGAGGGGUCCCCGGAAUCGAUAUGUACUGGCUUUAGCGGAGGCCGGCAUGGUGUCUUCACGAGGAGAUGAUUUUCCCUCUCCGGCCAGCACUUCUACUCUAGCAGCUGUAGUGUCGCACUCUUUCUCCAUAAUCGUUUCGUCAAUACUCGAUAAAAUUGCUCCUACUACUGUCAUCAGACACAUCAUAGAUGACUGCGCGCGUCUCGACAUCAGGGGCCUGUCUCCAAUUAUCGGUGGCGGGUCCAAGCCAGGCGAUUAUCCUUCGAGGGGAGCCGUACCCCACGCUUUUGACAUCUGGAAAUACAACACCUCUUCAUUCGACUUUAUCGCACCCGACCUGUAUUUUAAUGACCAUGAGAAGGUGUGUGAGAAGUACCAGCAUGGCGACCAGCCACUGUUCAUUCCUGAGCAGAGACACGAUGAUCAAGGUGCCCGACGGGUCUGGCUCGCGAUCGGAACAUAUUUGGGAAUAGGCACAUCACCAUUCGGCAUAGAUUCGCUUGAAGCGGAAGAAUCUCCUAUUACCAAACAUUAUAGAUUGCUCAACUCAAUGAGUGAGCACAUUCUGGAUGUACAAGCCAACCGGCCAGAGGAUAUCAUGGGCUUCUUCUCUGAUGAGCUUGAAAUUAUAGUCGAUGAGCCGAAAUGGGGAAGCACUUUCGGCGAGUUCAAAGUGACCGUCGAGCGUUCCUUCGUCUGUGGUAAACUAAGUCUAGGUGCAGGGAUACUAAUUCACCAAGGCGAUGGGAAACUCCUUUUGCUAGGCUAG